AUGAGAUUUUUCAAGUCCGUGAGAUUUUAUCAUGAAACUCUUAUGCAUGAAACUCUUAUGCUUAUCAAUUCACACGUUCGGGCCGAAUGUUACUCGAACUUGAGGAAUUUUCUCAAGACCGUGAGAAUCAAUCUGAACUUAUCACGUGAUUCUUAUGCACAUUUGGACCGAAUGUUACUCGAACUUUCAAAAGGCGGUGCUAUUUUUAGAAAAUCAAUUUUGUGGAAUGG